AUGGCCCACACUCUCCCCCCGCUGCCCUAUGCCUACGAUGCCCUGGAACCCGUGAUCUCAAAGCAGAUAAUGGAACUCCACCACAAAAAACACCACCAAGCAUACAUAACCAACCUAAACGCUGCCCUAGCAGCCCACGCUACCGCAACCACCACAAACGACGUCUCAGCCCUGAUAGCCCAGCAGCAAAAAAUUCGCUUUAAUGGCGGCGGCCACAUCAACCACUCGCUCUUCUGGCGGAACCUAACUCCACCCGGCUCGCCUGGAAAUGAUCUCGCUGCCGCCCCUGAGCUGAAAGAGGCUGUCGUGGCCCGCUGGGGCUCGCAGAAGGCGUUUGAGAACGCGUUCACUGCUGCCCUGCUAGGGAUUCAGGGGAGUGGGUGGGGUUGGUUGGUUAGUGUUGGUGGACCGAAGGGGAGGCUGGAGAUUGUUUCGACUAAGGAUCAGGAUCCUGUGUCUGUUGGUGAUGUGCCUGUUUUUGGUGUUGAUAUGUGGGAGCAUGCUUAUUAUCUUCAGUAUCUCAAUAAUAAGGCGGGAUAUAUUGAGGGGAUCUGGAAGAUUAUUCACUGGGGUGAGGCGGAGAAGCGCUACACUACUGGUGUGAAGAAUCCUCUGAAACUGUGA